GAAAAAGUGUUAUUCUUAAUCAAUUAAUGACUUCAGAUUCUAUGUUCUCUUCAAGUUGUGAGCCAAGAGCAGAAUAUGGGACUCCACAUAUGAUUAGUGGAAGCAUUGAAUUUACUUGGUUAACCCAAGAAACUUGUGGAGUGAGUCUAUGGAAUGAUGUUUUUGAAAAUUAUUAUAAAGAAGGGGCAAAAGAGAUUGUUUUACUUGCAAAUUUACAUGGUGAUGCUUUAGAUUAUCCAGAUCAAAUUAAAUUUUUAAAGCAACUUCCUUCUAGUUUCUUGGUUUUUUUAAUGCCUGAAUGUACUAAUAAUCAAAUAAAUGAACUUGAGGCUCUAAUUGUAGUGGAGCAAAUAGAUAAGGAAGUCAAAGAAAUAUUUUCUCAUUUACCAUCAGAAGGAUUAUAUCAAAAAUACAUAAAUGGAAACUCUCCAGAUUUAUCUAAGUGCGAUGCAUAUAAAAAAUUUAAAUGCUUUUCAUACUCUUCAUAUUGCUUGGAAUUGAGAGACAUCUGUACUCUCCAGGAAAAGCUUGAUAAUUUGGUAGAUUCAAUAUUAGAAAAAAGGGCUUCUUAUCAUUAUUACCCUGGAAUUGUGCGUGACCUCACAAAAGAAAUAGACAAAACACUUAAUGAGAAUUCAAAAAUUCUUCAGAUAACUUUUUUGCCAGAUUUCAAAUGGAAUACUUACUUAUAUGCUUUGUUGAAAUGA